AUGGAGAAGUUGUUGAUCACAUUUGUUUUGAUUGUGCUUAUUGAACAAAUAAAAUGUACAGAACCCACAGGGCUCAAAGUUGUUACCACAAGCCAAAACUCAAUCACAGUUAGUUGGGACCAGCUUUCUUCUGUCUCAGGAUACAAGAUAAGAUAUGCAAAAUCUAAUAGUAAUGAUCAGAAGUAUAUGACCGUAAGUUCUGAUCAAAGAGAGGUUGAAAUAACUGAGCUCAAGAAGAACACUGCAUAUAACAUUCAGGUUGCUGGAAUAUAUUUUGUGGAUGGAAAUGAAAAAGAUGGGCCAUAUUCAAACAACGUGGAGGGCAGGACAUUGUCACAUAAAUAUGAUGAUCCUUGUGAUCCCAAUCCAUGUCGAAAUGGAGGAACAUGUCAAGUUGAUGAUCAGAGACCUAACCAUUCUUCCCUUCGUAUUUACUGUCAAUGUACUGAACAUUUCAUUGGUGAAUUUUGUGCUGUACCAAAAAAUGGAGAUUGUCAGGAAGCACUAGGGAUGGAAGAUUAUGGAAUACCCAACGAACAAGUGCGAGCAUCUUCGGAAUGGAACUCCAACCAUGCCGCCAUUCAGGGACGGCUCCAUUACAAACCACCGUCAGGCAAACAAGGAGCAUGGUCUGCCAAAGAAAACGAUAAAAAUCAGUGGCUUCAGAUUGAUCUGGGAAGUGUGUUCACCAGGGUGACAGGUGUUGCAACUCAAGGUCGAUAUAACUAUAACCAGUGGGUGACAACGUACAAGCUGCAGUACAGUAAGGAUGGUUCUACCUUCACCUCAUACAAAGACCCUGAACAAGCUGCAGACAAGGUUUUUGAUGGAAACACCGACCCGAACACAGUUGUCGGUCAUGUCCUCAACGAAUCAAUUACGGCUCGUUACAUCCGUUUUCGACCAGUGACUUGGUCAAGGCACAUCUCAAUGAGAGUGGAGUUGUAUGGUUGCUCAGACUUUCCAUGCCAAAGUCCGGAUGUGGGCCUGCCAAAUAUCUCACCAAAUGCAUCUUCCGACGUGAGCAUUCACAGAUUAAGACAGUUUACAAUACAAUCUGAAGUCAAAUUGCAUUGUGAGUUAUCUGACAAAACAUCAUUCCUCUGGCGUGUUUAUAAACUGGGUGAAGAAGAUACACCAUUACUUUCAAGAAAUAGCUUCUCAGAAUUACAGAUCACACCACGCUUGUUGCCAGUUGGUGAAUUCUUGGUUAAACUCAAUGUCAGCAUGAUAGGACCAGCAAUUUUUGGGGUCAGCCAGGGUUAUUUCGAGGUGGUGAGUAGCCCUUUAGUGGCAUCCAUCACUGGAGGAAGCAAGGUGGCCAGAGGACUGGAAAGAACAUUGAUUUUUGAUGCAUCCCUUUCAUAUGAUCCUGAUGAAGAGAAUCUGCAAUUUUCAGGCCUCAACUUUACCUGGCUAUGCAGAGGAGAGUUGCCUUUGGAUCUUAAUAAUUCAGAUGAGGCAGGAUGUUAUUAUAGGGCUGGUGAUAAAGAAUAUGUUGGACAUGAACUAAGAGUAAACAACAGUCUUAUGACAGAAAACACCUCAUACUUCAUAACAGUACAGGUUACAAGAGAUGAAAGGAAAGCUGAGUACACUCAGGAAGUGUUUAUCGUUCCUGGUGACCCACCGGAAGUGCAAAUCAGGUGUGUUGAAAACUGCGAUGCCAAACUGAAUCCAUCUGGGAGAGUGGCUUUACAGGGCAUGUGUACAGGUGCCUCAUGUCAUGGUAACCUUAUCUUCAAGUGGACGGUUUUAAAAGACUUGAAUAACUCUUCAAACAGUUCACAAUGGACUGAGGUUUUAGAAAUACAAGAGUUGAUAAGUACUCGAGUUUCAUCAAAAUCUCUCGUCACUAAGCCUGGAGUGCUGACACCCGAUACCAGGUAUAAAUUUAUAUUGACUGCACAACGACCAGGUGGAUACCGCGGGUAUUCCGAGUACCACGUGACCUCAAACAGUCCCCCUGUUGGAGGAGUAUGCAAUGUGAGCCAAAUAUCAGGAGUUGCUCUUAUAACAGAGUUUACUUUUACUUGUGAUAAUUGGCAGGAUCCAGAUCUUCAGUUGCAGUAUGAAUUUAUUUACCUCAGAAGUAACGAUCUUCUAAAUGUGGCGUACAAAGGAGUAAAAACUAGUUUAACAACCAAACUUCCUGCUGGAGAGAGUGAAAAUAACUUUACCAUCGACUUUCGCGUGCGAGUGGUUGACAUUUUGGGGGCAUACACUGAAAUGAGGACUCCUGUGCAGGUUUCUGAGCCCAAUAUUGAUCCAAAAGACCUUGUCGAUGUUGUCACCAACCUCACGUCUGGCGAUGAAAGUGAACUGAACUCCUUGAUCAAGUCAGGUGAUGUGUCACGUGCCACACAAUUGGCCGCAGCAGUCCUUUCGGCCGUUGAUUUUGUUACGCAAUCAGAAUCUGCAGAAAGUCAGGCGCAGGAGCUCACAGAGAAAAAAAUUAUGAUAAAAUCAAACAUCAUACAACAGCUUUCAACCGUCCCAGUAGAUACUGUCGUUAGAGUCCAGCAGGUAUCGAAUGUGAUAGCCUCUGCCAGCUCAGUCAUCGCCGAGAUUACCAACGAAGCACAGAAAGAUGCAACGGAUGCACUCGAAAAGAUGGCUGUAGUAUUGAAGACGGCGAGUGAAGCUGGACAAAGUUACGACACACUAUUUGAUGGUGUGAAAAGUCUUGUAACUGGACUUGGGAGCAUGCUCAGGCUAACUUCACACGGAGCUAGUGUGGAAAAUGCUGUGUCACAUGAAGAGUCUCAAAUGAAAGCUAACUUUAUAACUGCAUAUAAAGGACGCUUGUCUAAGAAUCUAAAGGGGAAUCUCAAAUCGAGAACUUCUUUGUCUAAUAAAUUGGGUAGGAGGACCAAAAGGGACGGUGCUGACGUACAGCUGCAGGCUCGUGUCCAAGUUGAGACUCUACUUCAUUCCUUGGAGGAAGUCGGAAGCACCAUCUUGUCCCGGACUCUCGUUGGAGAAGAGCCAAAAGAGCUUCCAGCCCAGGCAAUUUCCCUGCUAGUGUCGCGACAGGAGCCUAAUUCACUCGCUGGGACUGUUUUGUCAAAUAAAGGGAACAGUUUUCAGCUUCCUCCGGCCUCCAAAUUGUUUGACAAUUCUGGCCACUUUGUAGAUAGCCAGAUGGUAACGACAGACUUCACACCGUUCUCAUGGGACCCGUCAGGAGAAAGAGUGACAACCGCUGUUUCAAGCCUUGAGCUUAAGAACAGUUCUGGGCAUCUCUUAAAUACGACGGAACUAAUACACCCGAUUACUAUAAGACUACAGAGCCAUCAGGACUUCACAAACGCUGCUAAGUCUCAUUAUGUGGGAGCCAACAGAACUGUUUUCUUCAAGAUAAAUGUCACUCAGUCAGGGAUGGCAUUGGUGCUAAACAUUCGUCCGGAAAGCAACAGAACAGAGUUUGUGGUGACUGUUAAGUACGGAGAGCGGCCUUCCCCAAGUAAUAGCGACUUAAAAUCAACAAUACCUGACCUUUCAUCUUGCGGUAAGAUGCCAGAUGGUCAUGUGAACUGUUCACGCAAUCCAUAUAUAGUGUUUGUGAACCAAGACUUUGUUAAAAACAAAGGUUUUGGAUAUUACUACUUUGGGCUAAGAGCCGUGUCAAGAAUUUCUGAGAUCCUAAGGGUUAAGCGCUGCUCAGGUCGCGGCCGUUUGAAGCGGUCGUGUGUACAGUACAAGGAACCACCCACCACUGGUGAAAGUUACAGCGUACCUCAAUACCGUGUAGGGGAUGAAAAUUACACCUUUCAGGUGACGCCAGCUGCUUGCCUGUUCUGGAAUGCGCAGUUAUCGAAAUGGACCUCAGAGGGGUGCCAGGUAGCCGAAUUGACUACUCAAGAUGCCAUUUACUGCUCCUGUAAUCACUUGAGUGCUUUUGGGGGUCAGUUAUUUGUCACGCCGAAUCCAAUCGAUUUUGAUAAAGUUUUCACUGAACUAACUGGCCUAUCAGAUAGUGGAAACAUAGCUGUCAUAUUAGCGGUUUGCUGUGUAUUUGGUUUUUACCUAUUUUUAUUGGUGUGGGCUCGAAAGAAUGACAAACUUGAUAUCUUGAAGGUGGGGGAAAAGCCAUUCGUAGGAGUUCCUUCACCAGGCUCUUAUUUCGUCGAGGUUCAAGUAUCCACAGGCAUUUGGCGAAACUCCGGCACCACUGCUAACAUUUUUAUUAUACUAGAGGGGGAGCUAGGCACUAGCCGACCUUACCAUUUGAAAGACGAUUCGUGCAUCCCUUUCGCAAGGGGGAGCAUUAGUUCCUUUAUCCUUUCGAUUCAUGACAGUAUUGGUCCCAUGAGAACCGUGCGCGUAUGGCAUGACAACUCGGGCACCAGUCCAUCGUGGUUUUUGAAUCAUAUCAAGGUUUGCGAACUGACCAAUGAGAAGCAAUGGAACUUUGUGUGUUUCGCGUGGCUGGCUGUUGAUAGAGGUGAUGGAUUAAUAGACCGGACUCUUCGUUGUACUUCAACUGCCGACAAAGGAAUUGAUUUUGCAGUUUAUGUUCAGAAUAGAAUUGCUGGUGAGUUCAGUGAUUCACAUUUAUGGUUUUCUGUCGCAACAAGACCACCAAGUUAUCGAUUUACUCGAGCUCAACGUUUAUCUUGCUGUCUAGCUAUAUUACUGACUACCAUGCUAAGCAGUGCCAUGUUUUACGAGCGUGAAACAGCGAUGGACGAUGAUCAAGGAUCGUUGAGGUUGGGCCGUUUUGUUGUGAACUUCAGAGCGCUCGUCAUUGCAGGGCAGAGUCUUAUGAUUGUACUUCCUGUCAAUAUUUUGACCGUGGCACUUUUUACUCACACUCGUUCUUCAAACGAGAAUAAGGAAAUGGCUCUCCAAAGGGACCCGCAUAGGAAAUUCGCCAAGAAGAAACGUGACUUCUCUUUUCCACGCUGGUUUAUAUUCGUUCCUUGGCUCUUGUGUUUCCUCCUCUCGUCAUGUUCGGCGGCUUUUGUUAUCUUCUACAGUCUUCAGUGGGGUGCAGAUAUAAGUGAGCAGUGGCUGAUUUCAGUUGUAAUGUCAGUUGUAUUGGACAUAUUUGUAUCGGAACCUAUUCAAAUCAUAGUUGUUGCCUUUAUGCUAUCUCACAUUUUUAAAGGAGGAAUUCAAAGAUUUACGUGGCAACCUUAUCACGUUGACGCAGUCGUUGAUGUCGAAGAUAUUGAAUUGAGUGGGUUAGGCAACAAAGAGAUUGACGAGGAAGAAAUUGAAAUACCAAAGCCACUAAGCAAAAGGCAGUUACGUCGCGCAAGGGUCGCUCGAAUAAGGGAGGUGUAUAUGUAUACUGCCCUUCGGAAUAUAGUGUCGUACAUGCUGUACUUGUUAAUUCUAUGUAUUGUUUGUUACGGUGGACGUAGCGAGCAUGGGUACCCGAUGACAUCUUCCAUUAAGAAGACAUUUGGGGAACUUGAUUCGAUAUCAAAUCACUUUAACACUUGGGACUGGACACGUGACGUUUUAGUACCAGGCCUUUUUGAAGACGGGAAAAACGUCCCACUGAAGAGUUCCAGUCCUUACAUUGGAGAUGGCGACUCUGUUCUUGUUGGAAUGCCUCGCCUCAGACAGCUGCGAGUCAAAGAAGGUUCUUGCGAUGUCGGCAUAGAUGAAAUAACAGCCCCAUUCAACUCCUGCGUGGCUUCAUAUACAUCCGAUAACGAGGACAACACCAACUUCUAUCAAACACGAUGGCGCCAAUUUUCCCCAUCGAAGAAUGAUUCGCUAAGCAUUCUCUAUCAGAUAUGUCCUACUGCUUGGCAUUAUUCUUCGGCAGAGCGAACUCAAAGCCUUCCUUUGUGGGGAAAACUUCAUCUGUCAAACUUUUAUGGUAAAGGAGGCUACCUGGCCGAGUUGGGCUAUGACAGAAAUACAGCACUGAAAGUCAUAUCUGAACUUAAUCUGUUUGACUGGAUUGACAGGUUUACCAGUGCUGUAAUUGUCGAGUUUACUGUUUUUAACUCUCAAGUGAAUUUGUUUGGCGUGAUUUGGAUCCCAAUUGAGUUUUCACCAAGUGGUCACGUGGUAUCUGAUCAUGUGAUUCGAGGCAUUCAUGUAUACGGAAUUGGUGGAGGCUACAGUGCUGUUACCGUCACCUGUCAAUUGUUUCUAGUGGGUUAUGUUGUAUACUUUGUUGUCAAGGAAACGUCAAAGAUGAUCGCUGGUAUUCGAAUUUAUUUCUCACGUUUUCUAAACUGGGUCGAAUUCACGCAGACUUUAACAGUCGUCGGUUUUGUUAUCACCCACAUUUUAAAACAAACAGAGCUUUUUGUCAACACAGAGAAACUCAAAAACAAUACAUUUCAGUUUAUCAGUUUUGAUAAAGGGGCUCUCUUAGAGGACUUGGAAACGGUCUUAAUAUCGUUACUGAUGUUCUUGAACACUUUGAAGUUGCUGUAUUUGCUCAAAUUCAAUCCCCAUGUGCGGCAUUUAUUCUAUGUAAUGAAGGGAUCUGCUCGGGAACUCGUUCAUUGCUCGGUUCUAUUCGCUGUGUUCAUAUUUGGAUGUAUUCAUGUGGGAUAUCUUCUAUUUGGGGGAGAACUUUACUCCUUUUCUUCGCCUUUCAUUAUUCUACAGUCUCUUCUAGUCGAAGGAGUCGUCGGUGGCGGAGUGGACUAUUUUAACGAUUGUUGUACAGUCAUCGGCCCUGUUUACGUUACAGCGUUAAAAUUGGGACUAAAUCUCAUAUGCAUCAAUAUUUUCAUUUCAGUUCUUGUUUACAAUUACGGCAAUAUCAGAGACCUCACCAGAGGGAAAUUCAAUCUUGGAAACUUCAUUAUUGUAAAAGUAAAGGAACUCAUGGGUUUUGUGGUUCAUAGUUCAGCAAUGGAUGCAGACAGUUCGUGUGAUCAUAACACAAAUAAGGAGGAGAACAAUACACUUCCUGAAGUGGAUGAGAUAUUAACCAAGUUGGAUCAGAUUAAUCACCAUUUAAAUAUUUUGUAUGUUGACGAAUUCGGUGAAGACCUUGACAUGUUUUCUUUGUGGUUUGAUCUUCACAUUCAACGCUUAAAAGCUAAGGAUGCACAAGAAAGGUUUGAGAAUGAUUUAGAAGAAGUUUACGAGGAUGCACAAGAAAGGUUUGAGAAUGAUUUAGAAGAAGUUUACGAGGAUGCACAAGAAUACUUAAGCCUCGCGUAG